UAACGCUAGAAAAGGAUUGUUGUUUGGCGCCUUUACGGGGCCGGUUGGUUUUUGUGAUAAAAUAUCUUAUAAUUGCGAACGAAAGUUCGUAAAUAACGAUAAAAUGGGUGAUAAAGGUGAUGGAGAAACGUUCGACGAUGCUGUGGAAGAAAGGGUUAUUAACGAAGAAUAUAAAAUAUGGAAGAAGAACACACCGUUCUUGUACGACCUGGUCAUGACACACGCUCUAGAGUGGCCCUCACUGACUGCACAGUGGCUUCCAGAUGUCACUAGACCCGAAGGAAAGGAUUAUUCCGUUCACAGGCUAAUUCUAGGCACACACACAUCGGAUGAACAAAACCAUCUCCUGAUUGCAAGUGUCCAGCUACCAAAUGAGGAUGCACAGUUUGAUGCCAGUCAUUAUGACAAUGAUAAGGGUGAAUUUGGUGGUUUUGGAUCUGUAUCGGGUAAAAUAGAUAUAGAGAUUAAAAUAAACCAUGAAGGUGAAGUCAAUAGAGCACGCUAUAUGCCACAGAAUCCUUGCGUCAUUGCAACAAAAACUCCAUCCUCUGAUGUGUUAGUCUUUGAUUACACCAAGCAUCCUUCUAAACCAGAACCUUCUGGGGAAUGCCAUCCCGAUCUUAGAUUGCGUGGUCAUCAAAAAGAGGGGUAUGGUCUCUCAUGGAACCCAAACCUCAAUGGCUAUCUUCUUUCAGCAAGUGAUGACCACACAAUCUGCCUGUGGGACAUCAACGCGACGCCCAAGGAGGGGCGCGUGAUCGAGGCCAAGUCCGUGUUCACGGGGCACACCGCCGUGGUGGAGGACGUGGCCUGGCAUUUGUUGCACGAGUCGCUCUUCGGCUCAGUGGCUGAUGAUCAGAAGCUUAUGAUUUGGGAUACUAGAUGUAAUAAUACCUGUAAGCCGUCACAUACGGUUGAUGCACAUACGGCAGAAGUCAAUUGUCUCAGCUUCAACCCUUACUCAGAAUUUAUCUUAGCGACUGGCAGCGCUGACAAAACGGUCGCUCUAUGGGACUUACGUAACUUGAAACUCAAACUUCACUCAUUCGAAUCACACAAGGAUGAAAUCUUCCAAGUGCAGUGGUCACCGCAUAAUGAAACAAUCCUCGCAAGCAGCGGCACUGAUAGAAGACUGCACGUGUGGGAUCUGUCCAAGAUAGGUGAAGAGCAGACGGCGGAAGACGCAGAAGACGGCCCACCAGAGCUACUCUUCAUACACGGCGGACACACUGCCAAGAUCUCAGACUUCUCCUGGAACCCCAACGAACCCUGGGUCAUCUGCUCUGUCUCCGAGGACAACAUCAUGCAGGUGUGGCAGAUGGCGGAGAACAUCUACAACGACGAGGAGCCCGAGACGCCGGCCUCGGAGCUGGAGUCGGGCGUCAACGUCAACCAUGGGUAAGCCCCGGCCUUCGCCCCGCACGCACGUUCGUCUACAACUGUACGUGGACAGAUCUUAUAUUGUUCAUUUUAAAAUCAUUCCUUUAGUUGAAAUUGUUUUUGAAAAACUAAAUGAGGUUGUAAUUGAAAUUAAAACUAUUGUGUUACAAGAAUUUUAAUGUAAUUCAAUGCUAUUUUGUUAGUUUUAUUACAGUAUUCGUAUACAGAUUUUAAAUGUACAAUAUGUUGGAUCUGCUUCAUCGUUACUUUCUACAAUGUCAAUGUUAAAUUAUCAAGGAAAUAAAUGGCAGGAUUGUAUGCAAAAGUUAUAAUUAAGUGGCUGAAAAAAACUAUGUGAUCAAAAUUUAUACAAAAAUCUUGUUCGGAGCCUUUUGUGUUUUUAAAAUGUAUCAAAUAUUUUAAAUUAAAUAACAAAAUUACAUUCAUUUAUUUUAAUAUGAGGGCCAGUGGUUGUGCGUGGGUUUUUACUCCAGCAAUAGGAACAUCGUUAUGUAUAGACUGACUUGAUAUAUGCUAUAAAUUUUGACAUUAUAACUAGUAUAUAAGCAAUAUAACAAUAGGAACAAUUUGAAAUAACCAUGUAAUCGUUUUAAUUUAUAUAGAAGUAAAAUUUUCUUAUGUAUAGAUGUACUAUUAAAAAUGAUUAGCGAUCUUCCUAGUGUUGGUGUAAUAUACUAUUUAGGGGCCAAUGUUAAAUAUUUUCAAUGUGCAAGAAUCUCUCGGAUAAAUCCGAAGACAGAUUUAUUUUAAAGGAGACAACAUAUUUUUGUUAUAUAAUAAAUUUGCAUACGAAACAUUGACGAAGGCAUUUACAAAAACUCCUAACUCGGAUUGUGUAUGGUUGUAAUAAAUUCUAUACCUUGUUCACUUUCAAUUAUUCAUUAUAAUAAUAAUGAAGGUUACGAGACAAAUAUUUGUCUUUGGCCUAAUUAUUUAUACUGUGCUUACAGAGUCCCAUGAACCCACGAUAUGUAAUGAGUAUGAACAAUGAUAAUGUUGCUAGUGUAAAAAUUGUGUCUUCAGAUUAUAGUAAAAAAAUACAAUUGAUUUGAUAAAUUACAAUACAAGUGAAUUGACAUUAUGGUCGUUUUUCGGUAUUUAUGUCUUGUCCAAGAUUAUUAUCGUUGGUUUAAGGUAUGUCUGUAUGUAAAUUUGUAAUAAAAUAAUAUUGAUAACAGUUUUGGAAUCAAUAACAAUCGUGAAAGGAAUGUAAUUUCUUUUACUUACAGUAAUAACAAUGCUGAUAAUAUAUCAAUAAAUUAUUAUUAUACUUUAUAAUAUAUAUUAUAAUUAUUCUAUAUAGGCACUAAUAAAUAUAGAUUUUGUAAAUACUCUAAAACAAUAAAUAUGAUUACAAUUAAAUUCCGUAAAUAUUAAUAUUUCCAUUUUAUAUUAUAUAUUGAAUUAAUUUAAAUAAUGUACUUCAUUAUGAAUGUUAGAUGUUAUUUGUGUCAUAAAUAUUUUUUUAAAUAAAUAAAUAUUUAAGUAAUUUGAAUAGUACACUUGUAGUUCCAGCUAGACCUAUGACGUUUUUCGUUACAAAUUUCAUCUCUAAAGUGAACAUGGUAUAGCAACCGAACUGCUAAGAGUUAAAUUAAAGAUAAGAUAUUCAAAUAAGUUUCUAUUUUUAUGAUAAAAAAAAAUUGUCGUCUUCCGGCGACCGAAUUUUUACGAUGUUUUAUCAAUAAAAUAAUUUUUAAGUUAUUCUAAAGUCCUUUCGCCGGCCCUGGGAGGUCGAUUCCAUUCUAAUUUAUUAUCAAGUAAGUCACAAGAAUAACUCGGAGACCGAAUACACGACUGAUCGAUUGUAUUUAUGUUUACGCAGUAAUGGAUUGUAAUUUUAAGCUCCGCUAAUUAUUACGAAUAAAACUAUCUCAAUUCAAAA